UUACAUCAUUUAAAUAAUUGCAAAACCGAAACUUACUAAUUUUGUGUACCCACAAGUUUAUCAGAAAAUAAUGCCGUCGGUUGCGGCCGCCGUCACACAGGAAACUGAAGAUCCCGUAGAGCUGAUGCUCAAGAAAACCGGCUGCAUAGAAUUACACUACAAAGUACAAGAGUGCAUUGCGGAAACAGGCGAUUGGCGACGCUGUCAAGAGGUAGUAAAAGAUUUUAAACAGUGCAUGCAAAAGUAUACCGAGCAGCAAAUGAAAAAAUACGCCAAAUCAAACUACAGCGCCGCGGACCAAACUGGUGCUAGUGGUGCGCAGUGAUUUGAAAAUGUCUAAGGG